GGUAUUCAGAGUUAUACAUCAGAAGAUAAUUCAAUGUUAACUAAAAUUGUCCUAUCUUUAUACAGAUAUCGCUUCGGAUAGGGGACAAUGGACUUCUUGUAUCUUCAGACGACCGCCUUCUCCUCCAAAGCCUUCAGCUGUCCGAAGACUUCCACAGUUGCAGCGUCGUCUUGGAAAGAGGUCUCCGGGAAGACACCGUCUUCUUGCAGAUGACGAGGGCGGUGAAGAAGGGCGAAAGUGUAAGCCUGUGGUUCUCAACCAGCCUGCAAGCAGCCAUAGGAAUUCCCUUCCUCACUCCAAGCAAUAUAUUAGGAGAGAAGAACUACGUGUGCCAUCACUGCAGAGAGUGCUUCGAGUACCCGAACCCUCUGAAGGUCCACUUGGCCCUCGACUGCGGACGUUUGAGAACGACCGAGUUGUGGGAGAGGAUGAGCAAGUCCUCCGACACGACCAACAACAAUGCAGAGCCGCCGUUCGACCUCUCUGCGCUGUCCCUCAAGAAGAGCCCGCCCUCGCCGGCGCACAGCUGCUACUCGAACCCUAGUCCUCAGCCCAGGUCGGACGGGACUCUGGAGGACAGGCCAUCCUCGGAACCGCCGCACUCCGCCUUCAGGCCCUACCUCAAGGCCGAUCAUGGGGAGUCGGUGCUCAGCAGGAGGGCGGCAGAGAUAGAGGCCUUCGUCAGCAGUCUGGGCCAAUCCAAGCAGGGCCAUCUCUGUCUCUACUGCGGCAAGCUCUACUCCAGGAAGUACGGUCUCAAGAUACAUAUCAGAACACACACUGGAUUCAAACCACUGAAAUGCAAAUACUGCUUGAGACCCUUUGGAGAUCCUAGCAACCUCAAUAAGCACGUCAGGUUACAUGCGGAAGGAGAUACUCCUUACAGGUGUGAACUUUGUGGGAAAAUGUUAGUGAGAAGAAGAGAUCUGGACAGGCAUAUGAAAGCUAGACACAACAUAAAUGAAUGCACUCGAUAUCAGAUAAGCAAUGUUUGAAGUUGUGAUUCAAGUUUUCUUUUAACUAGUCAAUAAUUGGAAUUAUCAAGUCUGAAUACUAGUCAAUAAAUUUGUAAAUAUUUUUUAUAAGUGAUUCUAUAUAGAAAUUAUAUUUGUUACAUCUUUAUCAAUUUUAACUAUUGUUUAAAACUUAAAAAAUUGUAAAUAUAAAUAUUUAUUACUAAAAAUUGUUCAUAUUUUUAUAACUUAAACAAAAACUAAUGUAAAUAUCAUAAUAUAAUUUGCUCACUAAAUAAAAUUAUUUUUAAA